UCCUCAAACUUGAAGAGAACUCUCUAGUUGUUCAAUAAAUAAUAUAGCUAGCCAUGGGGAGGUCUCCAUGUUGUGAGAAGGCUCAUACAAAUAAGGGAGCUUGGACUAAGGAGGAGGAUGAGAAGCUAGUUUCUUACAUCAAAGCUCAUGGCGAGGGCCGUUGGAGAUCACUCCCUAAAGAUGCAGGUUUGCUUAGAUGUGGCAAGAGUUGCAGGCUUAGGUGGAUAAACUACCUCAGACCCGACCUCAAGCGCGGUAACUUUUCGCCCGAAGAGGAUGAGCUCAUCAUCAAGCUCCAUGGCAUGUUUGGAAAUAAGUGGUCUCUGAUAGCAGGACAGUUGCCGGGUAGGACAGACAACGAGAUCAAAAACUACUGGAACACACACAUCAAAAGAAAGCUCCUUCCUGCUGCUAGCCAGUGCAAAACCACCCUCACAACCCUAAAACAAAAAAAGGAAAUUAUCACGGAUGCGAACUCACCGGAGGUCACCGGCAGAGAAGACGAUAAAGAGAAGGAGUGCUGCCAUCUAGACCUAAACCUCAGCCUCUCCAUUAGCAGCCCUCCUCACUGCUCACUGACCCCAACAGGAGGUAGUAAGCCAUUAACAGUGCCCUUGUGUAGUCAUCUUGGACUUCAAGCUAGUGCUGAAACUUGUAGCUGCCAACACUUCAAGAAACCAUUUGCCUUUAGGUAAUGAAUUAAUUUUUGCCCUUGGAAGAAGAGUGACAACAUCUAGCUUGAUGAUUAUAG